UCGAACAGCGCUUCGCUUCACAUUCCAUGGUGCUGCUAACGAACAACUUGGAAAAUGGGGAUUGGGAAUAACAAACAAUAAAACACAAAUCGAUGUGUAUUUCCAUCGGGAAAGACUUCCUAGGAGUGCAGAAUAUUAAUUAAGUUCACUAAGAGUCCUUGAUGCUGAACCCGAGAGCUGUACGCUCCUGAGAUCCAGCAUGGCCAUUCAGGGGGGAGUCCAGAUGUGGUUUGGGGAGAAGUUUGACGCCCCCGCCCUGAGUCCUCGCAGCCCCCUGACUCCGCGCCAUGGCCCAGGAUUGGCCGAUGUCUUCCAGUACGACCAAUGGCUGUCCGUGCGCCACGAGGCCUCCCUGGUGCCCAUGCAGGAGGACCUGGCCAUAUGGCUGACGGGCAUUCUGGGAGAGGAGGUGCGGGCGGACUGCUUCAUGACGGAGCUGCAGAACGGUGUGAGGCUGUGUCAGAUGGCAUCGGAGCUGCAGAGAAAGGUGGCGCAGAGCUGCCACCCUGAGCGCUGGGAGUGUUUUCCUAUGAAGCGGGUCGUGUGCAGAAAAGACGCCUCCCCGGGCUCCUUCUUCGCCCGGGACAACACCGCCAACUUCCUGCGCUGGUGCCGGCAUGUGGGCGUCGAUGAAACCUUCCUGUUCGAGUCCGAGGGCUUGGUCUUGCACAGGGAGCCUCGGCAGGUGUGUCUGUGCUUGCUGGAGAUCGGGAGGAUCGUGUCGAAGUUUGGGGUGGAGCCCCCUGCCCUAGUCAAGCUGGAGAAGGAGAUUGAACUGGAGGAAUCUCGACUGCUGUCCAGCAGCCCGGCUCCUGCCAUUAAGACCUUCACUGUGUGCUGCCGGCAUGGGAGUCUUUACCAGGCGGUUGAGGAUAUGGUCCAGGACCCUCCCUGUGACUGCGCUAACAGGUUGUCCAUAGAGUACCUCUCAGAGGGCCGCUACAGACUUGGGGAUAAGAUCCUCUUCAUACGGAUGCUCCAUGGGAAGCACGUGAUGGUGCGUGUGGGGGGGGGCUGGGACACUCUGCAGGGCUUCCUGAUGAAGUAUGACCCGGGGCGCGUGCUGCAGUUCACCGCCCUGGAGCAGAAGGUCCUGUCCUUCCAGAAGGGCCCCGCGGGCCCCUCCCCAGCCCCCAGCCCCCCGCCCCCCAUGGACCCGCUCUCCGCCGUGGACCUGCCUGCCUUCUCCGCCAAACCCGGCAACAGCUCCCCCGCCCCCCUCGCCCGCACGCAAGGCCCCUCCCCCGCCCCCGCCACUCCCCCCCUCCCCCGACACAAAGCCCCCCCCCAAAAGCCCCCCUUCCACCCCCUAGCUCGCCCCGUUUCAGACACUCCCGCCAGGCGCUGCGUGCCCCUGGGCCCCCCCUCCGCCCUGCGGAGGCCCCCGCUGUCGCCUCUCACCAGCCCCCCCGCCCCGUUCAGGCUGAAGACCUCCCCCCGGGGGGUCCUGUCCCAGGCCAGGAGCCCCGUGUCCUCUGAACCGUCCUGUAAAUACCCCAAACCUUCCAGCACCCCCACCACGCCCCUGCCCCGCCCCGCCCUGUCGCCCGCUUCCGCCCGAGCCCCGCCUCCCUCCUCUCACAGGCCGGCUGCUGCCCCGCCCCAAACCCUGCUGCCCCCGUCGACGGGAUGCCAGCGGGACGCCCAGAAAACCAGGAGACUGCCCACUCCGUGCAGAUCUGGGUGUACUGCCCCCGCCAGAACACGGACCCUCGCCUCCCGAACUCGUAGCCCCCUGUCCAGACCCCCUGCCCCCCUGCGGGGCGUGGACGCUCCCGCCCGGGAGGCUAGGCCUGCGCCUGUCCCGAGCCACGCUCUGGCUCCUGCAGUCACGGGGGCCCUGAGGACGGUUCCCAUGGUUACGAAGGUGGGACAGAGACUGCUGCCCCCAUCCCACACCACAGCUCCAGGGAGGGGCACCCCAAAACCCACCACAGCUCCAGGGAGGAGCGCCCCAAAACCCACCACAGCUCCAGGGAGGGGCACCCCAAAACCCACCACAGCUCCAGGGAGGAGCGCCCCAAAACCCACCACAGCUCCAGGGAGGGGCACCCCAAAACCCACCACAGCUCCAGGGAGGAGCGCACCAAAACCCACCCAAGCUCCAGGGAGGGGCACCCCAAAACCCACCACAGCUACAGGGAGGAGCGCCCCAAAACCCACCACAGCUCCAGGGAGGGGCACCCCAAAACCCACCACAGCUCCAGGGAGGAGUGCCCCAAAACCCGCCACAGCUCCGGGGAGGAGCACCCCAAAACCCACCACAGCUCCGGGGAGGAGCACCCCAAAACCCACCACAGCUCCUGGGAGGGGCACCCCAAAACCCACCACAGCUCCUGGGAGGGGCACCCCAAAACCCACCACAGCUCCUGGGAGGGGCACCCCAAAACCCACCACAGCUCCUGGGAGGGGAACCCCAAAACCCACCACAGCUGCGGUCCCAGCCAAACCAAUAGUCAUCUCGACUACAAAAACCAGCCUCUCCUCCAGCAAGAGAGCGUCUCGCUCCAAGAGGAGCCCAGAGUCAAAGAAGAAACAGGACUCUUACUUUGAAAUGAACGGCAAGAAGAAGCAAAGGAGCUAAAAUACACAUACAAAGAAACGCAGAAACUUCUAUUUGGUGGGACUUGCAUACAUUUACCAAAUGAAUUAUGUACUCAAACCAGCAAGCCACUGAACAUAACCAAGCAUAUUUUUCAAAGAUAAUAUCAGGAAUAUGAGGCACUUGAAUGGCGAGACCAGCAUGCUUAUGUUAACCAUGUCUUUUAUGGAUUUGCACACAAUUUUCCUCCCAACUAAUAUUCUACAUUCUAACAAAUGUAGAAUUUGGUUUUGUAUACUUUUAAAUUAAUUUAUCAUUUUACAUUCGUUUUUAAGUGCCAUUUCAUUAGAGUCAAAAAUAAUGCUUUGUUGUCUCCACUAAUGUGCGAACACGUUAGACCUGACACACGUUUUGUUUUUGAUGCCAGGGGCACAAAACGACAGGUCACAGGAAAGAGGUCACAGGAAAGUAUGUUGCAGGCUUUUUGUUUCUCCCAUUGGUAAUGACUUGCGUUUAAUCCUUCCCCGCCGUUAUGAAUGCAGUGACACAUUCGCAACAGUUAUCAUCAUAAUGCAUUUUCCCCAAGACAAAAACACACAUGCUCUGGAAUAGGAUUUUUGUAACGGUGAUACAGUAGCUGCAACCAAAUUCAUUGAUUGUAAACGAUCAAAACUGGAACCUACCGUUUUUUGGCUUUCGGUUUAACCAUUUAUCUUUUUGUAAAUUCGUGUUUAUUUCCAUGUUUUGUAUGGCUUAUAGAUAAGGGGGGUGAAGACAGCGUUACUGUAGCGAUGGUGCUUUAAAGGGAUGAACUUUGCACAAAUUAGAAAGUGUUAACUGUGCCUUACAAUUACACAAUUAUACAACUGGCUGUAGAAUGUUUUAUGAAAUAUUUGUAUGGAAAUUUGUAUUAGUUGCUAUUUUGCUCAGACUUAGGAGGAAGUUAGUCCAAGGCUCAUGGGGUUUUUGAUUCUCAAUUACACUUAGGGCCAUCUUGAGAUACUACUGAUCACCGCCCAGUGUGUUUGUAUAGAUGCAGUGUUAAGAGUAGCACAAACGAUGGGUUGUAUGUAAGAAUUGUUUUGUUUGUUAUGUCUGCAGAGCACAUAGGUUUUAGACCUAUUUCUAAAUGUCUUCCGUUUCUGUUCUCCGUGUUAUCAUUGUGCAUGCUGUCCAUGUUUGUGUUGUGUACUCGAUCUCUUUGACCCGUCAGAUCGUUUUAGCUUUUUUCUGCACUUUAUGAAAACUUUUCAGUUUGUGUCGAGAACCUGCACUUGGUUAUGUACAGUGUCCAUACAUCUUUAAAUAAAAUUAUAAUCAAUAUUGACUUUUUGCCCACAAAAUGGUACUUGAAAACUUUUCAUUUUGUUAUAAUGACCAAUUUAAAGGCUAUGAUACCCAUCCACAAAUUGCAAACAAUCAUUUCAAGAUGUCAGAACUAUACACUAAACCCAAUAUUCAGCUGAUAUUAUGUACCCCUUAUCCAUUAUAUUAAAACAUUUAAAAUUAUGUUACUGUAAGUCUAUGAAACGGUUCUGAAGGUCAUUGCUAUGUGCAGUUGCUAUUUCCAAGAGAAAUGGAGUAGCCCAUUUUGAAAAGAAUGUGAAAUGUAAAAUUGACUCAUCAAGUUUGAACUUCUAGGACAACAGCAGAAAUUUCAAAUAUAUCCCACACAUUAAAGGAAAUGUCUGUAAGAUUUAGGCCUUAACAUUAAAAUCUAAAAUUCAAUUUUUUUCAUUUGAAUGCAAAUUGUUGGUCUAUAUUAGUGAUGGGGAAAAUGAACCAGUUGAACAAUGAAAUAUUUUAACAAAUUGAUUCCAAAAACUGUUAUUAAAUGCUCAGACCUUCAGCUCCAGCAUUGAAGGGCUACAUUGUCUGACCAUUGCAUACUGUAAAAUUACUACACAGAACAAGAAUUUAGC